UCUCCCUCUCCCUCUCUGCGCACGCCUCCCGCCCGCCCUCGCUCCCUCCCCUCCCCAGCACUGCCGCAUUCGCCGACUGCAGCUCCAGCCGCCGCCCGCGCCUCCCGGCCUUCCGCAGCCUCCGCGCCGCCAGCACCAUGGCCAGCACCCUGUCCGCCUACAAGGAGAAGAUGAAGGAGUUGUCAGUGCUGUCGCUCAUCUGCUCCUGUUUCUACUCACAGCCGCACCCCAACACCAUCUACCAGUAUGGGGACAUGGAGGUGAAGCAGCUGGACAAGAGGGCCUCUGGCCAGAGCUUCGAGGUCAUCCUCAAGUCCCCUUCUGACCUGUCCCCCGAGAGCCCAGUGCUCUCCUCUCCCCCCAAGAGGAAGGACACCUCCCUGGAGGAACUGCAGAAACGGCUGGAGGCAGCUGAGGAGCGAAGGAAGACGCAGGAGGCGCAGGUGCUAAAGCAGCUGGCUGAGCGGCGCGAGCACGAGCGCGAGGUGCUGCACAAGGCGCUGGAGGAGAACAACAACUUCAGCCGCCUGGCGGAGGAGAAGCUCAACUACAAGAUGGAGCUCAGCAAGGAGAUCCGCGAGGCGCACCUGGCGGCGCUGCGCGAGCGGCUGCGCGAGAAGGAGCUGCACGCAGCUGAGGUGCGCAGGAACAAGGAGCAGCGAGAGGAGAUGUCCGGCUAAGGGGCUGCGGAGCAGAGGCGCCUGGAUCCUGAGAGGAGACAUCGACACAUGCGGGUUCUGGUUUCGUCUUGUGCCACUUUG